UCCGCUCCAACCCGAUCAUACAACAGCACUCGCAAAAAAAUCAUUCCUCUAACUAUUUCUCGACUCUUGUGUUAGCUACGAAAUCAUGCAGAUUAUUCUGGUGACCCUUCUCCUGGUGGCCUGUGCCAGCGCCAACGUCAUCCGUGAACGGCGCCAACUAACCGGUGGCAGUGCCAGCUGCACAGCCGCCCAGCAAGCGCAGUGCGGUUCGGUGGAAUGCCAAAAUAACGGCAACCAGAACACACAGGUGUUGAGUGGCGGCAACGUCGGGGGUGGUGGUUUGGCCAGCCUGAUCCCGCUGAAUCUUCUCAAUGGAGCCGGUGUACAGGCGCCCAUCAAUGCCAAUGUCUGCCCACCGGUUUCCGUCUGUAACAUGUGUCUGGGUCUCAAUAUUCUGGGCUAAUAUCGUUCAGUUAAUUGAGAUUUUCAAUUGCGCUGCACGAUUAUGCUUACGGUUGCAUCGAUUGUUUCUUAACGGUGCCAUUAGUGUCUCUGCAAUUUCGUAAUAUUUACGAGAACUAUGCUAAACUGAUUUUUUACAAACUUCGACACACUUCCUGUUAUACAGGCUGCGUUGGGAUAAUUAAAAGUCGAACUAUAAAA